GUUCGAUCAAUACGCGUUUCGCGCAGCUUUGCAGCCGCCCUCAACCUUUAUUCUGUCGUUAACCGUCGCGCGGACCGGUCCAUCAUGCCCGGAACACUUAUGCCCAAGAUGGAGUGCGCUUUGUGCAGCAUUAUUAUUACCGGCGGGGCUCAAUGCGGCGCCUGCAAGAAAUAUCUUGACUACGAUUGUGCCAGCAUUCCUGAAGAGGAAUGGAUCAAACUUGAAGAUGAAGAGAAAGCAGCUUGGAAGUGCCCAACUUGCCUGAUACCUUCAUCGGGCUACCAUCAGAUUUCGCUGCAAGCUGUACUCGACGAAAUCCGCGAAUUGAAAAUGCAACUGAGGAUCUUGCCAACUCUGACUGAGGCUGUGAGCGUUAUUAAAGAGGAACUGGAGGAUUUGAGGAAUUGCUGCGGUCACAAUGUGGCAAUGGUGAAUGAUAUGUCCAACCAGCUCUCUGCCUUAGAGAAGCAGGUGACCGACUUGGAGAGACUGAAGGCUGUGGUGUACACGCUGCAGUCCUACGUGGAAAGGAUUAGGUAUAUUUUUGACAACUAAGAGCGGACCUGUGCGCGCUCGCCACUACGACAAGGCUAUGAGGAAGCUGAUCACAUUCAUCCGCGUCUAAACAACAUGCGGAUGAAGGAUUUUUUUAGUAUACGUAUUUAAAUAAGUAGUUUCUCAUAAACUUGGUAUAAACUGAACGGAUUCUUCUUAUAUUUAGACAUUUCAACUUCAAGAUAGUUUAUUGGAAUACAGUGAGUAAUAAAAACAAUGAUGGGUUUAUUAGAGCUAUUCAUGGUCCCAGGAUUGCUAUAAUAGAUAGCCGUUAAGAAGGGUUACAACUACAUGCACCAACAAACACCCCAGAAUUCUCACUGAUACUUCAAAUGACAGUAAGACAGAAGUAAUCAAAAAAGCGCUCACGCAAAAGAGCUACUUCGAGUUGCGCCAUCGUCGCAAAUCCAGCGCAAACGCAUUUAGAAUGCGCGAACUGUCCAGCUGUUACCAGCAGUCAACGUCCUCAAUGUGCAGCGUCAAUAACAAGCCGACUUCAAUUGCAGAACAAAAUUAGUGAUUGAUUCUUUUGGAACGGAUCCUAUGAUGAACAUCAGAUUUAGAACCGUAAAUCUACGAGAUUAUACGUAACUGCCACGCAUCUACAUAAAUCGUGCAAUACUAGCUUUGCUUCUCCGUGGUUCGGCGCCUGAACCACGUGCAAAGAAGCCGCUAGCAACUGAACCAGGAACCGGAAAUUGGAACAUCACCGUUGAAGUACAUCAUCCACCCGGACUAUGAUAAGGGUUUCGUUGUUCAGAAUCAAUGUGACUAAUACUAAGUAGUCAUCAGGCAAAAAUUGGCGCGCAACAUUAUACUCUAGGAUUUUGACGUGCUCUGUUUUCCGCAAUAUUGUUUACCUUGAUCAGUAAUUAACUAUACAAUUGUUUCCUACUGAGUACACACUAGGAUACUUUUCAAGGCUUCUUCAUUUCCUUUCUCUAUUAGUAAGUAUGAUAUCAUAUCUUUAGUAUUUAAUGAUUCCAUUAUAUACGCAACAUGUUUAGAUUACUGUAGUUUCCCCGGACAAUAGGAAUUGUUGUAAGAGACCAUCAGUCCUGGGAGAGCGUACCUACUGAACUGUAUGUCGAGGCAAAAUGCCGGUCAUGAGAAAUGAUACGUCUUUCUUAGUUAGUUUUGAAGUAUUAUUCGUGUUAAGUGUCUAUUUAAUCAAGUUCUAAUUACGUGCGAUGCACUAUCAAUGCAAUCAGGUAGAAUUACAUAUAAUUAUUGGAAUUAUAACUUAUUGGAAUUAAAAUAAAGAAACGGUACCGUUCA